UUCCCCUCGUUUUCGCCUUGGCAGGGAGCUGGGAGUCACAGUGCGGCUGGGGAGCAAGAGCCCGGCCUGGAGGUGGAAUUGCUGGUGCACAUCGACAGAGGCAUGGGCUUGAAGACCACCGUGAACGUCCAGAGGGGCGCCACUAUCCAGGAACGAAGAGGAGGAUGCGAAGGCGCGCCUGGCGGCGGCGGACCCGACGGGCGGCUUCCGCGCGGGCGAUCUGGGGCUCCGGCUGCCGGACGGUGCCGGCGGCCGCGCGCUCGGGAGGGGGACGACGAAGUCCUGACGGAGGCCAUCACGGAGGUCGACAUCUGCGAGCGCGGGCAGCAGCAAGCCCCGCCGCGAGCAUAAGAGUGUGGAUAGGCCAGUCUCUUCCUCCGCGUCCUCCUGCCCCUCCGACCUCGUGGUGUCUAAGGCCUUGCGAUUGCCGGCGGAUCCCCAAGUAGAGGGCUCUUGGUCAUCUUUCUUCUGUCUCUUUCUUCAUGCACCCCGGCCUAGUUUUCCUUCUGUGGCAAAUGGCCGCAGAGCGCGUUCUGCUCGCAGCGCAGCGCUGCUUGCCGGGAAAACAUACGGCGCGUUGCUGUCUUCUGGUC